GAUUCUCAGACGAGAGAUUUUCUCGGGAAAAUUCGAAUCGGGGAGAAAGUGAAGUAAUGGAGGAAACUUUGACAUCUAUGCAAAUUAGGUUGAAAGGGAGAGAGAUUCUUGUGAGUUCAAGCCACAAUGAACUAGCGACUGUUGUGAAUCGACUCUUUCUGCGUAAAGAAUCCAAAAGAUAUCAAACAGCGCGAACUCUGUACGAUCACUGCGUCUCUGAUUUCCCAGAUUGCUUAGCCUUAAAGCUUCUUCAGGUCUAUCAGUCUUCUUCGGAUGGCGUAACAAGAUUCCGAUCGAUCUAUCAACUCUCAGAAACCCUCAACGAUUUGAGGAACCGCGACUUCAAACUCUCUCUCGACUCUCUCUACGAAAUCAAAAGGGCUUUGAUUCCGUGCUUGACGAUGCAAGAAACCAAAGAAUCUGAUAUCAAGAUCCUCAGAAGAAUCGUGUCUUGUGUAGCUUACAAUGUCGUGGAGUUGCAUAAAGGCGAAUGGGACGAGCUCGGCGAUUGUAUCUUAACGCUGGCUAAUCAACAAGAACCUGUCAAGGCUUUUCACGUUUUCGUAGAUUUGCCAACAGUCUACAAGAGUUCCAUCGACAAGUUUAAGCCCAAAAUCUGGGAGAAAGCUUGUACGGUCUUUCUUGAUCCUUAUAGGGUCGAACAUUGGAGCUUGGCUUUGCAAACUCUUGUUAAAAUGUGGAUUCAGCUUGUCAAGACAGGUAUGAGUGUCGAGUUAAUAAAUGUGUUAAUGGAGAUUCAGGUUUUCCCUUUUGUGAGUUCAGUAAAGAAGCUAAUUGAGAUGGAAAAGGAACUGUUUUUGGUAAAAGGGCUUGAAGAUUUCGAGAGGUUCUUCUCACGAGACAUGAGUCUGUAUCAUUACACUACGGAUCAGUGCCGUUUUGUGUCGACUUUAAUGAGCAAGAUCGAAGGAUUUGGGACUCAUUUGACCAAGGAGGUUGUGAUGAGGAUCAAAAUGCUGGUUACAGGACAGGACAACCGAGCCAUGAAACCACAUGAUGAUCUUAAGAAUCGUUUUGACUGUGGCUGGAAUGAUCAUUUGAAGAAUCUAUCUUCGCUGGAAGUCUUGAGAAUCUUUGCGUCAACUGAACUUGAAGAUAGGUCCAGAGAGAUUGCAAUCAGACGGCUCAAUGUUUUACUCUCUGAUCACACUUCAGAGAAGGUGCCAAUAGACAUUGCAGAGAUGAGACAAAUCCAACCAUUGCUCAUCUCUUGCCUAAAGGAAGAAGGAAUCUCUGACAGUAUGUUCAAAGUCCUAGGUGAGGUGGUGAACCAUGUUACGUAUGAGAUGAUGGUCUACAAUGAGGAUAAAUGCUAUGAGCUUCGCGAUUAUAUUACAUCGAGUGAAACAGGGUUUCAGAGAGCGAUUUCUAUCUUCCAAUGCUUCACAAUGGCGCUUGCUGAUGAAGAGUUUUUAAUUCCAGUAAUGGAGAAACUAAUCCCUGAUAUAAUCACAGGGCUAGAUCCACCAGGAGAGUUGUUGGUAGAUAACAGUUGUUGGGUCUUGGCGUUUACCGGUGCCUUAUGUGCAGCAACGCACAUGAUAGAUGAUUACGUUGACGCCGUUAAGGAUAUUGCACUUAAGAUGGUAGAUUCUGUAGGAAAGCUUGUUGAAAGAGAAAUGGAAGUUGGCUUUGUGAGGAGAGCUUUCAGAGAUGCGGAAACCAUUGUGAAGAAACAAUUGGAAUGGUACGGUACAAGCGAAUACAGAUUCCUUAAGGGUUUGCUUUGGAGACUCUAUGCAAUCAAAGGCAUGAAAUGGGAAAGUAAGAUUGUGUUAUGGAGAAUCAACGUGAUUGUCGAGAGAAAAGUGAAAGAAGAGAUCAAAGUGCUGCCAGAGAAUGAGUUUGAUUGGCUGAACCUAGGUGAAGAUGAUGGUGAUAAUGAUGAUGGUGAUAAUGAUAAUGGUGAUGAUGAUGAGGAUGAAGAAUAAGAUUGAAUAGUUUUUGGUGUAUACUGUAUAGUUCUCAUUGUAAAAAAAAAAAAAAAAGAGUUUCGGAAAAUGUACAUGUAGUUCUUAAAACACUUCAUGAUUUAGCUACAGAAAAGUAGAAAGAGAGAGUCAAACAAAAGAAAGAAACUGAUGAGAAGGGAAUUAAAUAAAUUGGAUCUUACACU